CUUGGUGUUUGCGCACAGCGCUCAGACAGGGGUCGCGCAGUGUGAGAAACGCACAGUCCUUCUCAAAACCCGCUCUGAGCAGCCGCCUGAUCACAUCUUCAAAAAAUGCUGACCACCAGGGACAGAUGGAAAAUAUACAAGACGGCGUGUCUGAUGUUUUUUGUCGCUGUGAUAACUUUGACUGUGCUGCAGAGGGGCAGCACGUACAGCGGAGCCCAGUUUCGCGAGGACAGCCCGUCCAAGCAGGAGUCGCUCUCCGAAGGUGUCCACCACAUGCAGAAAAAGGGCCUGCUGCCUGGGACGGAAGGCUUCUGGAAAGCAAGCAAGCAGGCGUCCGCGACAGAAAAGCCAAGAGUCACAGCCUCCAGAGCACCAAGAACCUGGGAUGUGACCACUACCAACUGUACUGCCAACUUCAACUUCACGCAGAUGGAGUGGUUUGGGGGCUUAGAGUCCAAUUUCAAGCAGUUCCUGCUCUACAGACACUGCAGGUAUUUCCCCAUGACCAUCAACCACCCAGAGAAGUGCAAGGGAGAAAUCCACCUCCUGAUUGUCGUCAAGUCCAUCAUCACGCAGUACGACCGCAGGGAGGUCAUCAGAAAGACGUGGGGCAGGGAGAAAGAGGCGAAUGGCAAAAGAAUCAAGACACUGUUCCUCCUGGGUGCCCCUUCCAAGGAGGAGGAGAAAGCCAACCACCAGAAGCUCCUGGAGUACGAAGAUUACAAAUACGGGGACAUCCUGCAGUGGGACUUCAUGGACAGUUUCUUCAACCUCACCCUGAAGGAGGUCCACUUCCUCAAGUGGUUCUCCACCUACUGCGAGAAUGUGCACUACAUAUUCAAAGGGGACGAUGACGUUUUCGUGAGCAUCGAGAACAUUGUGGAGUUUCUGGAUGGCAGUAAGAUAAGGAACCUUUUCGUAGGAGAUGUGCUGUACAAGGCCAAACCCAUUAGAAAAAAGGAGAAUAAGUACUACGUCCCCCAGGCAUUGUACAAUAAAACCCACUACCCACCCUAUGCAGGUGGUGGGGGUUUCCUUAUGGAUGGGCCGCUGGCUAGGAGACUCUUCGGAGCUUGUGAAACCUUGGACCUCUAUCCUAUUGAUGAUGUGUUUCUCGGCAUGUGCCUCGAGGUCCUGCGGGUCACUCCCGUCAAGCACAAUGCCUUCAAGACGUUUGGGCUUGUGAAGAACAAGAGCAGCAAGCUGAACAGAGAACCCUGCUUUUUCAAAAGUAUGAUCGUGGUCCACAAGUUGCUUCCUCCGGAUCUCAUGCGCAUGUGGAAGCUGGUCAACAGCAAUCUCGUUUGCUCCCGGAAAGUAAACAUUUUAUAGCCGCUUGAGUCUACUCCACCGGAGAGUGAACGGGCCCUAGGGUGACAGAAACUGCACUGGGGGGUGGGGGGUGGCAGAGCAAGUGGGAAAUUUGAGCGUAUUCAAAGAUGAGUACUCCCUUUUUUGGGAGAAGACUUGGGACAAUUUAGUUAGUUAAUUUAAGUACUGUACUGGGGGCAAACCUCGUGUAAUGGAAUACAUGGGAAGAAAGCGGCUCUUGGGAAAUUUGAAUUCUGUAUCGAAAAUCGUGUGUACAGUUUCUGUAUUUCAGCAAUGGAUCAUUCAAUGGCAUUUGAAAACGGCGAGCCUGUCCACUGAGAUGCUCCAACACUCAUUUUCAUUCAACUUUAAUUGUUCUUAUUCAUCUCGCUUCCAUUAACCUCAAUCCAGUUGAACGAAGCUGGAAUUAAUUUCCAGUUCCAAUUCCUUAUGCAGCACGCCUCAAAGAAUGGAGUUUGUUUUUUUGCCCUAGGGAAAAAUGUAGAUGCAUUUAUAAAUGAAGCAACAAGACAUUAUUGAAGUAAAAACAAAUUGACUUUUGACUGAUAAAUUGAUGGAUGCAUAAGGUUUCAUUCAUUCCUGUUUUUGAAAAUAACAACCACACAAACGAAUUAAAUAAUUAAAGCAGAAUUACUUGACGUUUCAGGAAGGCUAAAUGAACUGCUCAAUAAUUGAUGACUUCUUCUGAAGUGACAGAUAUUAAUUGGCAUAACUUUCUCUUGUCAUUAUGCCAUCUGGACAGAGUGUCACUACCUCACUGAUUUCCUCUUUUUGUCUCUUUCUUUUUAUAAAAGGAUGUGGUGUUUUUUUAACUUGGUGGGUAUAAGUUUUUCCACUAAUGUAAUGCGAGUUUGUUACUAAUAGUGUAAGUUUGUUUUCUUAGUGUUACAUCUUGGAAGUUGUGGAGCCUCUAAUGAGAAUACAAGAUUACUCUAUGAAAUCCUGCAGUCAGUUACAGUAGCAUUUCUACUUUAGUUUGCCGAUAGUUUACCUCUGAGAUCUAUUCAUAUAUAUUUAUGUAGCAGGAUAAGGGGCUUUUGUUCCUCAACGUUCAUAUUUAGAUUUAGUGAAAUUUGUACAUUUCAGUAGUCUUACACAAAUGCACAGAUGUUAAUGUAAGCAGUAAAUGAAAAUAUUUUGGAACUGUUAAAAGAUAAUCGGAAUAAAUCAAAUUCUAAUUAUACUGGUACAUACCUGGGAUAUGGUAAUUUGACAGUCUCCAGAAUCACACUUUGGAAAGAGAAAAUAAUACUGCCUGUUAUUUUUCUAUUAUAUACUUUAAUUGUGAAUAAAAUCAUUAUAACUAAGUAGUUCACAAAUUACCUGUAUUGUAUAUGGAUGGUGUACAUAAAUGUAAAAAUUGAAGAUGUUUAAGGAAAAAUAAUGUUUGUAAAUAAAGAUAUUUAAAAUUUA